AUCCGGAAAUCGCAUUUAUGGUAGUCAUGGAACGUGCACACGUGCGUAGGGCCAGAUGCAGACCAGGUACUUGAUAGUCCAGUGCGGCGCUGUCUUUUUCCAUCAGGAUGGCAUGUUGCUGAAAGAGGUGAUGGAGGAAGAACCGCCACAUGCUUCUAAACACAGCACCCUCAGACCCUCGUCAUUCUGAAUGGUGUAUGCCACGAACGGAUUGCUGGUGGCGUUACGCAAGCAAAGGCAAUAUACCAUCCUUCGGAGCAUCUUGGUCGCAGUUAUGGCAAAUUUAACAAUAGGAGAGGCGCAAACUGUAUAGCUUAAGAACUGGAUAUCUUGGCUGAGGAAGGCACGCCACUCACUUCAUCAGGCGGAGGCUGUCAUUCAGCAAAGCAUUUCUGUUAUUCUGUUGCGUGUAGGUAUCGAGGGAAUUUAGCCAGAGGUUGAUGGCAUACGAGUCGGUGAGACUAAAUGUAUUCCUGCCUCUUCAACCAAGUACUACGGAGCUGACCAACAGUGUCCCGGUGCUUCUCUUUCGAGUGAUGUUGCAGAUACGGCUCCGUCACAGCGGCACCACGAUCUUCACUGUGCCCAAGUUCUCGACUCAGCGAGAUCACAAACCACUAGUUAACGUGCAAGCAAUAUGCAAACGAUUUGCGAGGAAAAGAUAUUUGUCAAUGUCUUUGAGGGAAAGGCCGCAAUGACCAGCAUCGUGUAGUGCACCUUUUCCAAUCCAGUGGGGUAAAUACGCACAAAGGGAAACACUCAGGUGAAGGAGUAGCAGACUCGUCGUCGGAGUGCGUCGUGAAAGCUGUUUGUAGGAGCUGGUGAGGCUUAAAGCGGCAGAAGAUGUCGAGGCGAAGACCAAAGGAAAAAUCGAACAGUUGUGCGCUCAAAUUGACGAACAGAGAAGCCAGUAUGCUAUGCUGGAAAGAGACCACCAAGAAUUAAAGACGGUUUACCAGACGUGCAAGGAAGAUCUCGAACAGCGCCUGCUACAUCAAAAGUGCCAGUACGAAGUACGCACGUGCGACUUCAACUUUGGAGGGUGAAGACGGCUGAAAGCCAUUGGUCGUUGAGGGGCGCGUGAUGACACUAGUGUGAGAGUGGGAUUAUUCUUGCCGAUUCCUAAACUCGCCGGGUCGAUAAGCAUCGGUGGCACUAGGUGAGUCCUGGAUGUGCCCAUAUCCGUGGAGUACGCCUUGCAAUGUGGUAGCAGCCUGUUUCCAAAGGGUCCAAAAAAGGAAGGAAACAUGCCCUUCAAAAGCAAACGCAACAAGGCACAUAUUUCAUUGCCUUGACGCAUGUACCAGUGGCUCAUCAUGCUGUGUCAAAGUGACAGCAGAAACACGGCCAAAAGCAUGUAUCCGUAGUGGUCAUCUCGCACUGGUGUAAUUGUGAUUCUCCAUGUAUCGCACUGCAGGAGAGAAUAGCAGGGUUGACGAGGCAGGUAACCCAGUUGGAAAAUGGGGCACGGAAUACAGCUGAGUUGGAGAAGCGACUACAGGAACAAACAUCCGCUUCGCAGACCUGGAAGUACGAACAGCCCACUAUUUGCGUUUUCUCCAUUACUUCCUUUCUGAAACACUAAUUAGGCUGCAGACGGUGGCACCAGAAGCGGCCACCUCCAGUGUGACUCCAGGAUAUCUUUCUGAAUCGGCGUGACAACCAUAUCCAUGUUAUAUAUUCGUCAUGGGCACAUGUGCCUUAUAAUGGAUAAAGCAAUAUUAAGAAACUACUCCUGUGUAUGGAUGCUCAUGACACUUCAUCAGGUAGAUUACGUAAGGGGUAAGUACCAACCGUCUCGCAACAAUUCGGAUGGAAGUAUUGAUAAUCAGAUAGGUUCUUGAGGAUUGUCGACUGCCAGUGUCUCCAGUCAGCAGGAGCAAGAGAGCUCGUGCACGCCAAAAAAACGUGUUUUUGUGCAAGGACUGUGUGACAAAAAUGCAGUUACCAGUCGCAGUUGGCGUAGGCACCAAUCACCGUCAGGAUUGUUCCCUCUGCUGCCUAUCCAGGACACAAAACGAGGUUCUCAGGGAUGAGCUAGAGAGGCUUGUUGAGGAACAAAAUGCCAUGCAGGCGCAGAACAGCAAAGAAAGGGAGACACUUCGCGGUACGGCAACAGUCCGCACCUGAACUGUCCGCAAUCGUAGCAAAUUGGCUCGACUUAUAAUCCUCUGAUUCAUGGAAAGACAUCUUCCUCAUUCAGCACCAAACUGUCACUGGUGUCACUCAAAAACGGUGGACGAAUUACAGCUGGGGUGCCACCGCUGCAGCCCAGAAGAUCUCCGUAGUCUAUCCACAACCGGCUCACGGUUUGCUAAAAUGGAAGACCUGCUGGUCGAGAUGUUAAGGAACGACGUUUCGCUUCCCGAAGUCCACUUAUCUGUUGUUCCACACAGUGUGGCCGCUGUGGGCCUGCUAAAAUGUCUGGUGCAACUAUGGAGAACUUUCUGAAAGCCAGACAAUGACUCUGAGCUUGAAGGCACUCCAGGGGUUCCAUCGAAGUCUCAGCGACGGUUCCUAAAGGGGGAACGUGCGCCUGUUAUUUACCCGUUUUUCCUGCCCCAGAGUUACAUACGCGGCUAUUUUAAGCGGCGCUCCUUUUGGUUUUGAUGCAGAAGAGGCUGCACGGCAUCAGGCAUCUCUAAUGGAAUUUCAAGCUGAAAAUGAGCGGCUGAACCGCCAAGUUGAGAAGCUGCGGAACGAGUUAGUACCAGCAUCACACAGGAUAUGCGUUAGAAAUUCUCCGUAGGAUCUCUCGCUGUGCAUGCCAGUUUUAAUGAAAAUAAUUCUGCGGUGGGGUGUACUGUAGCUUCUGCCGACAUAGGAGAGUUACGGGUGUCAGUCCAGGCCAGUGUUCCGCCUGAGCAUGUAUCAGUGCUUCUGAAUGGCGAGUUGGGGGGCCAGCAGUGAAUUUGGUCACACGCUUACUUAAUACACAUCUCAGUCAAGAGGCAGUUCCUCCAUCACCGCCACCGCCCCAAAGAGUGGCAACAAAACUGCAUGUUACUUACUAUCACUGAGCGACGCAGCCGCUGCUGCAGAUAUCAGGUAUACCCAGCCAAAAACUGGCAUUCUGCAGCAAAACAGCCAAAUGAAUCAAUGUCGCCAUUGACACAACUUACCGCAUUCGUAGCAUGCGCGUCCACAGGACAAGGGCCCAUGCAACAAAACAAGAAACUCUCAAGAACAGUCGAGAAGCAGAGAUACGAGAUUUGAGCCAGCAAGCCAGGGCAGCGAAAGCCGAAGCGCGGGAGACUCAGCGAAGGAUGCAGGAACAGGCAGAUGCCUUCUCGCAGAAGAUUCAACAGAUGGAGCGCACGUCGAAAUUUAAACUUCAGGAGGCUCUAGAGGCUUUGGAUCGUCAGACAACGCUCGCCCAAACAGCGGAGGCAGAGCUCCUGCGCCAAAAGAACGAUCACGAGGUAGAGGUUGAUCGAAUCACGCGAGAGGCUGAGGCGAAGAUAAAGCUUCUUGAGGCAGAAAAAAGGCGAGGGACCGAGGACGCUGUUCAAGAGGUCCUAUCUCUCAAGCAAGAAGAACAGCGAAACGCGGAGGAAAUAGAAACACUGCAGGAGCAGUGCCAGCACCUCGCUAUCCAGCACGCUAAAAGUGUGGCAAAGGCCGAGCAGCUGGCGAAACAGGCGGAAGGCGUCCAAGCUGAAUGUGAACGUCGUCUCAGUGAACACCAACGUUUGCUGGCUGACUUCCGGGUUCUUGAAGAGACACAUCGGGGACUAUUGGUGGACAUGGAGGGCCUAAGCAGGUCGAAGGAAGACGUGGAGGCCACUGUCGCAGAAUUACAGAGGCAACUAGCUGAAAGGGAAAAGAGGAUAGAACAAAACAAGGUAGAAAAUAAGGCCCUUCAGGACCAAAUGAAGAAAAAGGAAGCCACCCAAGAGGAGAAUCAACUUCAGCUGAAGAGAGCUGCAGCUGAGAUGGCGCAGUUGAAAAGGGUAGUUUGUGCAAAGUUGUCGUCAGCCAGAAGGAAAGAAGAUAAGUUAAGAAAGAGCAUCCAGAUGCUUGUAGAACGAGUUAAUCAGGUGAUGGCUGAACGCAAUGGACUCUGGCAAGCUCUGCUGAGAGUAAAAGACGACUAUGAUAUUCAUGCUAAACAAGUAGAAUCACAAGCUGCCGCGCGUCUGCGUCUGCCCAUUUCCACGUCGGGAUCGUCGGCGACGGACCCACAUGCCUUCAGCACCAUUGGCCACCCUACCACUGUUCAGAUACCUUCUCACGGGAAUCUGUUCACGACCACCGAGUUAAAGGACAACCAACAGCCAAUGAAUGCACCUUUGGUUUCGUUAAAUCCAUUCUUCCCGUUCUCCCUAGAUUACUCAGGGGGAGGCACCGCCGCUGGAGGUGUCAAACAGGAAGGGCGCAACAGGACGAUAAGUAUCGAUAGCGCGAGCGUACUUGCCCCUGCCGCUUGUGGAGCUACCGGCAUGUCUGCUUGGUACCCUUCAUCAACUUCACUGUCUUUGACUGGGGAAAAGACGGACAACAUUAUUUCGAGCUCAUCACCCCUCGACGGGUUGCAGUCAACUCAAACGGGAGGGUUGGGAUUACUUGAUAGCGUCCUGGGAGGUCUGAAUCAGAACAGUGGUAAGGGCACUCAGUUCUAGGGGCGUGUGUAAUGGGGCUUUUCGCGUUGUCGCCGGACGCUUGAUGGCUUGAUUGGAACCAAACUUUUUGACAGUAGCGGAGCCAGCACUGCCUGCCCCU